AUGCGCUCAAAAAGCAAUUACAGAUUGCGUAUCUGAGCAUGUAGGAAUCAAGAGAAUAAGCAGAAAUUAUAGAAAAACCAGGCUCUGUAAAACUGAAGAAAAGCUUUCUUUAGAAAAUUCAUCGUGGGACUGCGGGUGCUCCGGGUCGUUUUUGGAUGUAUGUUGGCGUGAACGCAUGCCAUGGCAUAUGAUCGUGUGCCAUCUUGAUGAAUCUCUCACAUCUCUUCUCCCUCGAUAAUGUCCCUCCCUCUAUACUAUCAUGGCAUGCUAGGCCGUCACAUGCCCAUCUCGGCAGGUGGUCUCUUUCUCUCUCUCUAGCAAAAGCGGACACACAAAUACAUCUCUCUUUGUCGCUCUGAGCGCCAAAACAAACACCCAAUGCCCUCUCUCUCUCUCUCCCUCUCUUUCCCCUCCCCCCCCUUCCCUCUCUAUCUCUUGUUUACCCUUUGUUUCACUGUCUCUUGCAGGGUAAAGUUGGCAAGGGAAACGACUCAUGCCGGCACAAAAACUACAGUUUUCCUGUUUUCUUUUUCUUCUACACUCAACAGCAACACCCUUUUUUUUCCUCUUAGGAAUUGUUCUUUUACUAUUGGAUCUCUGCCUUACUGACAUACUGAUAUCACCAACUCCUGCCCUCUGUUGUGUCCCUAGGAGCUCAAUUUUAAAUACCCAUCUGAUUGCCUUUAAUAAAACCAAACAAAGUAGCCAGCUUUUUGCUUCCCAUAUUUGAGUCUUCCAUUUGUGGGUUUCUCCUUCCCCUUCUGAUUGUGAGCAAUGGCUAGGGAAAAGCCUGAGGAGGAUUUGGAAGAAGGUUUGCAUUCGGUUUAUGAUUCAAGCGAGGACAGCCUCAGUUUCUCUGAUGCAGAGGACCGUUCAUGGCACUCUCCUUUGAAUCCUUUUGAUUCUAACGGCGGCUCUUAUGAUGGUGAAUAUAGCUAUUCGGAUGUCUCUGAUCUUGAGAUGGGUGGGGCGUCGGAUCCGCCGAGGAACUCUGUUUCUGAGUACUCAGAUGUGGAUUUGGGGAGCGGGGGCGAUGGUGGUGUGAGCGAGGCUCCUGAGAUUAAGGUGCAUUUGGCGAAGGUGGAAAGAGAUUGCAGAAUUUGUCACCUUAGUUUAGAGGGUGGGACGCAAGAAUCUGGGGUGGCCAUUGAGCUUGGUUGCUCUUGUAAGGAUGAUCUUGCUGCUGCCCAUAAACAAUGUGCAGAAGCCUGGUUCAAAAUCAAGGGGAAUAAGACCUGUGAGAUAUGUGGAUCAACUGCACGCAAUAUAAUUGGUGUGGACAAUACAGAAUUCCUGGAGCAAUGGAAUGAAGCAAGCACUGCUCCUGCACCACCUCCAGAACCAACAAGAAGCUUCUGGCAUGGGCAUCGCUUUCUCAAUUUCCUGCUGGCCUGCAUGGUCUUUGCCUUUGUUAUUUCCUGGCUUUUCCACUUCAACGUCCCCUCGUAACUAGAGCUCUCCGUUCAUGAAUUGCUCGAUUUCCAACAUCCGAGUGCCUUUACUUCCAUUUUGUAUGUACGUACACACCAUCACAUUUAGCUGAAAGAGGAGGAAGAAAAAGAAGUGAAAACAAAAGCAAGAAAAUUUGGAAAAAGAAAAAAAAAAUGAUGGGUGUGUGCCCCUUGCAUCACAGAGCAGUGCUUCUUGGUCUUGUUAUGUUAUAUCAUGUAAUCGAAAUUAAAACAUCGGUUUUAUAUGAAUCCCUGCUUCUCAUGCUGCUACUUUGCAGUUCUUUA